GCCUCUACUGUUACCUUGUGGAUGAAAAUGGUUUUGUUGUGGCAGGAAAUGAUGAGGGAGCGAGGUCAGCUGGAAAGUUCUUUGGUAGAGUCGAUGCGCCCGUGAUGGAGCAGUUAAUUCGUUCCGAUGGUCGUUGCUUUACUUCAAUUUGUACAGUUGGAUUUUUGCUGAGAGUGGUGCAACAACUGAGGCAACUGACGACAUUCCAAAGAAUAUAAGCUGCAUCCGAAAUAUAACCACCUAUCAUGCCAUUCAAAACGUAACACAUGAAGGUGCGACAAGCUGUGGAGGCUGCUCAAGGGAUCAUUUUGUAGCCAGCGUGCCUGAUAGUAACUUGCUCCUUGUGGUGAUAAAUGCAACAUGCGGAAAAUGCGGAAAAUGCGAUGAAAGUGAUUGGAACAUGGGUGUUCCUGGAGAACCUCGACAAAGUGAUACUGUGGAAAACUCCUGCAAGGAACCGGGCUACAGGAAAAGACCUAAGAGAUGUUUUAAAUCCAUAGAUCCUGAGUCAGGCUACACGUGUGGUUCAAGUACGUUUAUAAAGCCCUCUCCUUAUAUCGUCACUUUGCAACUGUUUUGGCUCUUUGCUUCUCUGCAGAGAAUAGUGGGGUUCGUCCGAUAAAUGUUUGUCACUGAGGAGAGAGUAUAAAUAAGAUACCGAGGACGAUCUUGGGCCUGCGAGAUGUAAGAACGAGAUUUUAAAAUGGUCGACGUUCACUGUGGAGAGGUUGACUUACCGUCUUGAUCUUAUGCCGGGUUCAUAAGAAUCAUUCAUUUCAUAGAUUGUUUUUAAGCCUGCUUCGCAGCAGGUUUGAAUUUAAUAUCAGUAGUAUGCAGGAACAUGCAUUGGUUUUUUUAAUGUUCACUUGAAACACCCACCGAUUAUGAACUACAUCAAAGUGCAGUUGGAACUUUCCAAGUUUGGUCAGCUGUUUAACCCUUUCACUCAUAAGAUCUCACCAACCUCGUUCCCAGGGUCUCUCAUCUUCCCGCCCCCUGGAGCUCGCUCCAGCUCCAGGGGGCGGGAAGAUGAGAGACCCUGGGAACGAGGUUGAGAUCUCACUAGUAAUUCUCCGCACUGCCUGCCAUACAAUCGUUAUUCUGUUAGGUUGGAGAAUUUGGUAUUGAAUCAACUGAUGAUCCCCUUAUUUUAAUUUUUCUCUUUUCUCAUCAUUUGUCUGCUUGAUAUUGUAUGGAAGUUGUAAGGAGAAAUUCUGUUUUGAUCACUCACGAGAGUGAAACGGUUAACCCGCUUAUUUGCUAACUUUGUUGUGACUUUCCAUCGAUAAUGCUAACGACGCCCCUUCCCAAUUUCUCCAGCUAAAGGAGUGGCAAUACGAAGAGAGGGUGUAGCUAAACUGAAUACUUUCUUCUCAUAUUUAUAACACGCAAGAGAGGUUUAACUACUCUAAAACAUGUAUUAUAUUAAUACCGUACUUGAUACGUUAUUUUAAAUCGUAAAGCCGCGUAAAGUUUUUUUUUUCGGCAACCAUUUUAGUCAAUCGCACGAUUUUUGGAAACCUGCAUGUGCGUUGAUCAGAUUGUUGUAAAUUUUCAGAAAGUUUUAAGUUUUCUUAACGUAUGUAGGUCCAUUUUUAUUUAUUCCUGUCAGUUACAGAAAACAACUGAAUAAAACUUUUCGUCGUGUCUUACAAA